AUGGUAAAGGUCGACCACAAGGCAGUUUUGAUUGUUAUUGACGGCUGGGGUAUUCCUGGCCCCGACUCCCCUCCCGAUGGAGAUUCUAUCGCAGCCGCCGAUACCCCUACUAUGUCUGGAUUCAAGGAGCCGAAUUCUAAGACUGCACAAGGCUAUACCGAGCUCGAUGCCUCAUCCCUUGCUGUCGGUCUACCCGAGGGACUCAUGGGAAACAGUGAAGUGGGCCAUUUGAACAUUGGAGCUGGCCGCGUGGUCUGGCAAGAUGUCGUCCGCAUCGACCAAGCCUUGAAAAAGGGGGAGAUGAACAAAACCGAGAACAUUGUCAAAUCAUUCAGGAGGGCCAAAGAUGGUAAUGGACGAUUGCAUCUUCUUGGUCUCGUAUCUGAUGGCGGUGUCCAUUCGCACAUCAACCAUCUGUUCGGUCUGCUUCAGGUGGCUAAGGAAUUGCAGGUUCCUAAGGUUUAUAUACACUUCUUUGGCGAUGGACGGGAUACGGAUCCCAAGAGUGCGGCUGGAUAUAUGCAACAAUUGCUUGAUAAGACGAAGGAAUUGGGAGUGGGUGAGGUGGCGACGGUCGUGGGGAGAUACUAUGCUAUGGAUCGAGAUAAGAGGUGGGAUCGUAUCGAGGUUGCUAUGGAGGGUCUAGUCACGGGUAAAGAGGGUGAGGAGUCCACGGAUCCCGUUAACACGAUUGAGAAAAGAUAUGAGAAAGGGGAGAAUGAUGAGUUCUUGAAACCAAUUAUUGUAGGUGGCCAGGAGAGGAGGAUCCAAGACAACGACACGCUCUUCUUCUUCAACUACCGCUCCGACCGUGUACGAGAAAUAACGCAGCUAUUGGGAAACGUCGACCGUUCACCCAAACCCAACUUCCCUUACCCGAAGAACAUCUCCAUUACCACCAUGACCAUGUACAAAACAGAAUAUAACUUCCCCACCGCUUUCCCUCCACAGCACAUGGGCAAUGUUCUCGCGGAGUGGCUGUCCAAGAAGGGCCUCAAGCAAUGCCACGUUGCUGAGACGGAGAAAUACGCCCAUGUCACCUUCUUCUUUAAUGGGGGUGUUGAGAAACAGUUCCAUGGCGAGGAGCGGGAUAUGAUACCAUCCCCCAAAGUAGCUACCUAUGAUCUUGAUCCUAAGAUGAGUGCCGCUCCCGUGGCAGAGAAAUUGGCCGAGCGAAUCUCGGAUAAUAAGUUUGAGUUCCUGAUGAACAACUUCGCGCCGCCGGACAUGGUCGGCCAUACUGGGGUGUAUGAAGCUGCCAUUCAGGCCGUAACUGCGACGGAUAAAGCUAUUGAGAGAGUUUACCAGGCUUGCAAGGAAAAUGGAUAUGUCCUCUUUGUCACAGCUGACCAUGGAAAUGCCGAAGAAAUGAAGAACGCCGAAGGGACACCCAAGACAUCGCAUACAACCAACAAAGUCCCCUUUGUCAUGGCCAAUGCCCCCGAGGGAUGGAGCCUCAAGAAGUCCGGUGGUGUGUUAGGUGAUGUUGCGCCUACCAUCCUUGCGGCAAUGGGAAUCGAACAACCUGAAGAAAUGAGCGGAACUAGUCUGCUGAUCAAAGGAUAG